AUGGCGACCGGUGACGGCGGUGAGAGUGGGAAGUUUGUUCCGAAGAAAGGGAUAAAAUCAUCUGUUGUUUGGAACUGGUAUGGGUUUGCUGUAACAGACAUAAAACAAGAGACCCCACGCUGCAACCUUUGUCUAAAACCCGUCGCAAUCAAAGGCAGCAGCACCACUAACUUGUUUCAACAUCUUAAACAGAGGCAUCCAGCCGAACACGAAAAAUGCCAGUCUCUCCGAGACGAACAGAGCCGCAGUGACCAAGAGCCAGUGGCUAAAAAACAGCUAACUGUAGCCGAAUCGUUCGCACAGGGGACCGCAUAUGACAAGAAAGGGGCCCGGUGGACUACAAUCACCGACGCGGUCGCUUUGUACAUAGCAAAAGACAUGGUACCCAUAUAUACCAUGGAUAAGACGGGGUUUAUAAAUUUGAUGAAAACAUUGGAUCCCAGGUAUGAGCUACCCAGCCGAAAGUAUUUCAGUGAAGUAGUCUUGCCGCAGAUGUACAGAAACACACGCAAAAAAGUUGGCAGAGAACUGGAGGAGCUGUCCUUUUUUUCGGCAACAACCGACAUGUGGAGCAGUCGAACAAUGCAGCCGUAUAUGAGUUUAACAGUGCAUUUCAUUAACAAUGCGUGGGAUUUACGCAGCAUUUCCCUCCAAACGUCAUACUUUCCCGAGGACCACACCGGUGAACUUAUCGCCAAAGGACUGAGAGACGCUCUUGACUGCUGGAACCUGUCUGAGAAUCGUCUAUCCUGCAUGACGACUGACAGCGGGACCAACAUGAUUAAAGCCCUGAAAGUGAACGGAUGGCCAAACCUCCAGUGCUUUGGACACAAACUACAUAACGCUAUCGAGAAUGGUGUUAAGGAUCCCCGCAUAGACCGAGCCAUUGGAGUUUGCAAGAAGAUAGUUGCUGCUUUUUCCUACAGUUGGAAGAAAAGAAGAGAGCUGGGUUUAGCUCAGUCAGAGCUGGGCCUCCCCCCUCAUCAGCUUAUAGUAGAAUCUCCAACCAGGUGGGGCUCCCGCCAAAAGAUGAUCGAGCGAUUCCUGGAACAGGAGAAGGCUAUUGCCCGUGUCCUGGGGUCUGAAGUUAAAAGCCGCCAUCUCGUGCCCUCUUGGCAAGACAUCGAGGUUUUGGAGUCAGUAAACAAGGCGGUUAAAGCACUCCAAGAUUUUACAGAUGCUUUAUCAGGGGAAAUGUAUGUUAGUGUCUCAUACAUCAAGCCUGUUAUCCAUCUGUUCAAAACAAGUCUUUUGCAGCCUGAGGACAACGACACAGAGCUUACCAAAACAACCAAAAGCAACAUACUGGGAUACCUUGUUAACAAAUACAGCAAUCCUGUCAAAGAUGAACUCCUGGACAUGGCCUCUCUGAUGGAUCCAAGAUUCCGGACAUCCUACAUCGACCCAGACAAGGUGGAGCAAAUCAAAAGAAGAGCUGUCAGUGAACUUCUGUCUUUCCCCACUGACAAAAGCACACCACAGCCUGGUCCAGUUGUGCAGGUGGACCAAGAGGCAAGGCCUCAGCCAAAUCCCAAGAGGAAAAAGAACUUAGCAGCUUUCUUCAAGAAGAGUGUGCCAACCCCUGGCCCUGACCAGUCAGAAGAGACUAAAAUAGAGACUGAACUUGCAACUUAUCUGCUCAUGCCAGAGGUAGAUCCUGACACUGAUCCACUGCAAUGGUGGAAGAGCAACAAAUCAAACUUCUCAAGGCUCAGUCACCUGGCCAAGAAAUACCUCAGUAUCCCUGCAACAAGUGCCCCAUCUGAGAGGCUAUUCAGUGUGGCAGGGGGAGUUGUCACACGCAGCCGAGCUUGCCUCAAGCCAGAGGCAGUGGACAGGCUGAUUUUCCUUGCCAAAAAUGUGUAA